GUCAUUUCCGCCCCGCAGACCCCGGAUGAAGCUGCCAUUGGGGCAAGUGAUCAGGGCCACCAAGGCUGGUUGGAUUUUAAUUUAACGGCGAGGGGGUCGGAGCGGAUUGAAGCCCCGCUGGAUUAAUGUCGACAGGGCAGCGCGGAGUGGCAGCAGGGCUACAGCGAGCAAACUGUCCGCGCUGAGCACAGAGGCUAACCGGCUAACAGCCGCUGCUAACUGUGUUUAACUGUUAGCAAACUCACGUAGUGAAACAGCUUCUCCAGCUAUUAGCCUGUCCACACAGCGGAGUUUGUGCACCUCCAAAAAUAUUAUCAGGGCUUCUGUCUUAAAACAACACCUGGUGGAUGAAUGAUGUCUGCCGCUAGUAUUGACCCUCAGACAUCGAAAGGACAAGAUGCAAGCAAAGCCUUUCCAGUUUCAGUGCAGAAUGGCUCCCUCCACCAGAAGGAUACAGUCCAUGACAAUGAUUUUGAGCCUUAUCUCACCAACCAGUCAAAUCAGAAUAACAGCUAUCAAUCGAUGACAGACCCUUACUUGUCCAGCUACUAUGCCCCCUCCAUUGGAUUUCCUUACCCGCUCAGUGAGGCUCCUUGGUCAACAGGAGGGGACCCCCCAAUUCCCUACCUGACGCCCUAUGCCCCCCUCAGCAAUGGAGACCAUCACUUCAUGCACGACACAGUGUUUGGACAGCCAGGUGGGCUCAGCAGCAGUAUCUAUCCUCACAGGUUUAACUUUUUCCCAGAGAACCCGGCUUUCUCAGCCUGGGGCACCAGUGGUUCUCAGGGCCAGCAGACUCAGAGCUCAGCCUAUGGGGGGAGUUACAGCUACCCCCCCAGCUCUCUAGGAGGCACGUUAAUCCCUGAUGGACAGACGGGUUUCCACAGUGACACCCUGAGCAAGGCUCCAGGUAUGAACAGCCUAGAGCAGGGCAUGCUGGGCCUAAAAAUAGGUGGGGAUGUGACAGGAAGUGGCUCCGGUGUGAAGAGCGCAGGCUCUGUGAUUGGUGGCGGAGGCAGUGUAGCUGCAGCUGUUGCUACGGGCAACAAUUCCACAAUUGGUAUGCCCCCACCAAAACCUGCAUCGUGGGCCGCUAUUGCUAGUAAACCUGCCAAGCUGCAGCAACAAAAGACCAAGAUCAAACCUGGCCCACCUAUAGCUGGAGGACCUAUGCCUCCACCCCCCAUUAAACACAACAUGGACAUUGAUACGUGGGAUAAUAAAGGGACUGCUACCAAGAUGGUCCCUCCUUUAACCCCCCACCACCACCACCAUCACCACCAGCAGCACCAGCCCCAGCUUCACUCCCAUGCUCCCAGUCUCCUACCCCCCCUUCAGCAAUCCCUACAGUCUGCCCAGUCCCUCGUGCAGCAGAUGACCAUGCAGGGUCCUCCACCUCCUCAUCCACAGUCUUAUCAGAACCACAACUCUGCUCCAACGCCUCAGACCCGUUGGGUAGCACCACGCAACCGCAACUUGUGCUACGGUGGUGGAAGUUUGGACAGCAGCGGCUCCUCUAAUGGCGGUGGUGUUGGUAACGGAGGUGGAGUGUGCGGGGUUGUGCCUCCAGAGCCGGGGUCAGAGUCCCACCCUGUGCUGGAGAAGCUGCGAGCAGCCCACAGCUACAACCCCAAGGAGUUUGACUGGAACCUGAAAAACGGUCGCGUGUUUAUCAUCAAGAGUUACUCUGAGGACGACAUCCACCGCUCCAUCAAGUACUCCAUCUGGUGCAGCACGGAGCACGGCAACAAACGUUUGGACUCAGCCUUCAGAGCUAUGAACGCUAAAGGUCCCGUCUACUUGUUGUUCAGUGUCAACGGCAGCGGCCAUUUCUGCGGCGUGGCCGAAAUGCGCUCCCCUGUGGACUACGGCACCAGCGCUGGCGUUUGGGCGCAGGACAAGUGGAAGGGCAAGUUUGAUGUGAACUGGUUGUUUGUAAAGGACGUGCCAAAUAGCCAGCUGCGCCACAUCCGCCUGGAGAACAAUGACAACAAGCCAGUCACCAACUCACGUGACACUCAAGAGGUUCCUCUGGAAAAGGCAAAGCAGGUGCUCAAGAUUAUCGCCCAGUACAAACACACCACCUCCAUCUUUGAUGACUUUUCCCACUAUGAGAAGAAGCAGGAGGAGGAGGAGGUGGUGAAAAAGAGCUACGAGCCUGCCUCAAUACAGAGCCGACCCCGAAUUGAUCAGGAUCACCAGAAGUAAACAGAAGACGGCUGUCGACGAAAUUUAGAUUUAAAAAGAAAACACAAGGACAUAAAGAGAUUGAAAACUAAUAUUUUUUUCUAUUUAAUUUUGUUGACUUUGACCCACAUUGCUCCUGGUUCCCAGUCUUUGAGAUGCGUGCAGGGAUAAAGCUAGUUCCACCAGUUGAGUCGCUUCAAUAAUAUUUUUUUUUUUUCUUGUUUUUUCUGUAUUUUUUAGCCUUAUAAAUCUCUAUUGCUACCCCGGAACUUGCAUUCUUAACUAAAUAUAAGUAACAAAUAUCUGCACGUCUGUUUUUGAAAAAUCUCUUGACAACAUGCUGCUGAUAUUCAGUGACUGUUCACUUUGUGGUUUGUGUGUUGGAGAAAUGUUAAGUGCUUGUAUUGGUUAAUCUUAACGAGUGAACAACACUUUAUUGACAAAUGUCUGCUAUCUUUGUGUGGCCAGUUGUGUUUUAUAUUAUGAGAAGAAGAAAAAUAACUUCUUUAAUGCCCCCUUUUUUUUCAUGUGAGGGGUGUCUUACUUUGGUGGAGGAAUGUGUACACUGAAAGUUUCUGUAUGCGUAGACUUAAUCGUGCAAGGUUGUGACAUUAGAAAGCAUAAAUGUUAGAAAAAAUAUUUUGAAUGAUGUAUCACACCUGGCUUACAACUGAUUUAAAUUUAGCAUUAAAGUGGAGAAAAUGUGGGAUUGUGUCUCUUCCAGAGUGGAGCCUUAACAUUUCUUUUCAGCACUAGUAUAAAUGAAAUGUGUUUUUUUUUUCCCCACCCCCAGAACUGUACCUCAAAAUGUUCAGCUAGAGAUUCAGGGAAAAGAUGUGUAGAGAUCUUAAACGGUCUUAAAGGUGGUCCCUCUCUUUUUUUUAUUUAAAGAAUGGAAAUACAAAUAUAAUGGAAAUACAAAUAUACUGUUACAGUGACUUUUAUUUCCCUCCGUUCCCUGCUGUUCCAACAGAGGUCUCUGUUUACGAAAUUCUGGAGGAAAUGUAGCAUGCUUGCUGCUUUUAAAAAUUCAAGCCAGGCUUGUCACUUUUUUGUUUGUUUGUUUCUUGUUCUUUCUUAACAAAAUUAUAAUCUUGACAUUCUCAUCAUUUUCAUUGCUAUAACCUGUCCACGCCAUCCUCAGAAAAAUGUAAGCUUUAAUGUACUGGCAUUUCUAACUGAGAUCGCCUCAAAAUGUUUAACUGUAGCAUUAUACUUAACUGAUUUAUUGUCAAGUGUAUGAAAACCGAGAGACUAACUAGCCUAUAUGGUAUAUGUUUGUGACUUUUGUUUUUAUGCUUGCUGUAUUGUGUGUAUGCAAGAGUGAAAGAAAAGAGAGGGAGUAUGACUGUGGAGCAAUCAGAGUUAUAUUACUGGUAUUGGAAUAUAGAAAUUUUAUGCAAAAAAAAGUUUUAAGUCAUCCCUGAAUUAAAUAUUCAUUGUAUCAGAGGUCACCAUCACAUUCUUAGAUUUGAACAUGCUCAUUAUUAAAGAUAUACUUAUCUGUUA